AUGAGAAUGAAGGUGGACACAGACAGUGUGUUAGUGCCAUUGAGUGUAUUCAUAGCAGUGGGAUACCAUGUUUUCCUCUGGAACACCUUCAAGCACAACCCUUCUCGUACUUCUCUUGGCAUCGACUCCUCCAGACGCAAAUCUUGGUUUCGUGAAAUCAAAGAGGGUGACGAUAAGACUGGGAUGUUGGCAGUACAAAGCUUGAGGAACAAGAAAAUGGUGACGAUACUCACCGCUACAGUCUCCAUCCUUAUCUUGCUCUCUCUAGCUGCGGUUACCAACAACGCGUUCGAAGCGAGUCACCUCAUCACAACCGCCGAUAACAUCUUCUUCGGCUCGAAACACCCUACAACAUACGUCUUAAAAUAUGCCUCUUCGUCGUUGCUUCUUGCAGUGAGCUUCUUCUUUAGCUCACUUGCCGUGACUUACUUGAUGGAUGCCAAUUUCCUCAUUAACGCGAUUGGUAAGAAGCAUGAAGGAGACUGCGGCUGCGGUUACGAAUUGACGACGGGGACUGAGUCGUUUAGGGAGUAUACAAGAUUGGUGUUGGAGAGAGGGUUUUUUAUGGCUAUGGUUGGGAACAGAGUUAUGUGCGUUUCUUUGCCGCUUUUGCUUUGGAUGUUUGGACCUUUACCGGUGCUUGCGUCUUCUUUAGGGCUUGUUUGGGUUUUGUAUCAGUUUGAUUUUCCGUCAAUUCCCAAUAUUUCUGUUUGUAAACGAUAA